AUGACCUGCGAAUCUGAUGGUCACGGACGACGUCUGAGGGUAAAUUACACAGCAGUAUAGCGUCAAAAACUUCCUUACAAAAUGCCGCUUUUUGGGGGAUCCUCACCUUUCGACCAAAGUGUUGAGAAAGCAACAAAUGACAACAAUGUUGCUGAGGAUUGGGGAGUGAUAUUAGAUAUAUGCGAUAAAGUUGCCGGCAGUCCACAAGCAGCUAAAGAUGUCUUAAAAUCUAUAAUGAAGAGGAUAAGGAAUCCAGUUCCACUUGUGUGCCUGAAGGCGAUCACGCUCUUGGGUGCAUGCGUCAGUAACUGCGGGAAGGUGUUCCAUCUAGAGGUUAGCUCAAGAGAUUUCACUUCAGAAGCUCGGACAAUAAUAAACAAGGGUCACCCUAAAGUUUCUGAAAAGAUGAAGGGUUUAAUCAAGGAGUGGGCGGAGGAGUUCAAGAACGAUCCACAAUUAAACCUGAUAGUACAACUUUACAACAGUUUAAAAUCUGAAGGAAUAGAUUUUCCAUCGACAGACCAGCAAAGCUCAAAGGUAAGUAGGCACCGUCACCGCGACCCUGCUCCAUCAAGUAACCCAGAUGUUGUGUCAACCCAACAAGAAGAAGACGACAUUGCAAAAGCUAUUCGACUCUCGUUACAAGAGACCGAUAAAGCGAAAACAUCCAGCCUUUACCCCUCUGCCAGUAUGUAUGCCAGCGUGACGCCAACACACACUACAUCAUCACCAAAAAGGGAACCUAGAAAGGUCAAAGCACUCUAUGAUUUUGAGGCUGCUGAGGAUAACGAGCUGACGUUCAAAGCGGGAGAACUUAUUAGCAUUUUAGAUGAUAGUGAUUCUAAUUGGUGGAAAGGGGAAAACUUCAGAGGGACAGGACUCUUGCCAUCAAACUUUGUGACUGCAGAUCUGACAGCUGAGACCGAUGCAGAUAUUCGGGAACGGGAAAAGAAAGUGUCGUUCGAUGAGGAGGUUGAGGUUCGGACGAUCGAAGCGAUGACUCCAGAGGUCGUUGACAUUAACGAAGAUCAGAUGGAUAAAUGUAUUGAGAUGUUACAGAAUGCCGAUCCAACGGAACAGAGACCAGAUACACAAGAAAUGCUUGUCUUAGAAGAUACCUGUAAGAGAAUGAACCCUCUCAUCGAUCAAGAACUUGAAUCCGUGGAUCGGAAACACAUGGAUCUUACCGUACUCAACGGCAAGCUGGUAGAUGCAUUUGAGAUGUAUCAUAAGUUAAUGGAGGAGGCACCUGUCUACGGUUACUCCCUCAAGAACACUAACAUGAUGACUGGCGCACAGCAGUACCCACAAGGAAUGCCUGCUCAAGGCAUGCCUGGAUAUGCUGAACAACCUUAUGGUCAACCCCAGGGUAUGUACGUACCUCAAGGGGCACCAAGUCAGAUGGGCCAGCCCAUUAUGCAGCAGGGGCAGAUGACGAUGACACAACCUGGUCAAGUAAUGUAUUCACAUCCUGGAGCUACCCCAGCCUACCAGACCCAACCAGGCCAACAACCCCAGGGCCCCAACAACAUGACCCAAUACCAAGCCAUGCCAGUCAAUUCCAUUCAUCAGAUGGGUGUCACUACAUCAACAUCCUACACAGCCCAGGGGAGUGUACCUACAGGGGUGCAGGGACCCCCGAUAAUGACACAGAAUUACAUAGCACCUGCAGGUGCACAGCAACUCAUGGCUGGGCAGCAGCAGCAGCAGCAACCACUGCAGCAACAGCAGCAGCCAAUGUAUAAUAUGUGAUCCUCCAAGUAAAUGUCGACAGGGCCUACACAGAGCUGUGUAAGCAUUAAAAAAACGCCAAAUUAUGGGGUUGUUGAUCGGGAAACAAAUGUUGGUUAUUUAUCCUGUGGUGUAACUAGGUACAUGUACUGGAACACUGGGGGGGGGGCAGUGUCUUACAAGCAUUUUUUAUUAAGUUAAUUUAACUGAGUGAUUUGCCUGUGGAUUUGUUUUCACAGAAAUUGUGGGAAAGUAAACGGUGCGUAAUACACAUCGGUGUAAUGGGUAAAAACAAAUUAUAUUCUUUAUCCCUGAUGCAAACCUGACAUCUAUUAAAUCUGAAGAAUUGUUUGUAGGCAGCCAGUGUCAUAACGACUGUUACUCUAGUAACACCACUUACAUGACUCGCAUUACAUUCAGCCUCAGUAACGGAACUCAAGGAGAAUUUGAGAGGUCUUGAGAAUUUAAGGUUAAAUAAUUUGUAUAAAUAACAUUGUAAUGAAUCAAGUCAUGAAAUUCACUCCCAACUGUGUAGCAACGGAAUUAUCUCCACAGUUAUUUUGUAAAUAUUAAAAGAUAUGUAAGUAUUUCUAUGUUGUCUUGAAUAUCAUACUCCAACAUUAGGUCUUAGACCUCUGUCAUGGUGUCGCCAUUAAGCCUGGGCGACUGGUGCAACUAGUGUUGUCGUCACAACUAUUGACUGUUUAUUUGUGUCGCGACUAUCGUUAUUAAACUACUUACCUCAUCGUGCCGCCAUGACUACUACGAAAAAGUCGCGACUACCUGUGUCAUGAACCAUAUGUGUUGCUCACGACUAUUCACAUAACAAAAACAUAAUUUACUUUAUAUGGAACACAAUCAGACAUCAGUGACACAAUCCUUCUAACAUUUCAGACAGAAUUUCACUUUAUUGUGCUCCGCAAUGCUUCUUGAGAAUUAAAAGUUAGUCGCGACAAGUGUCAAAGUCGCACUUAUUUGAGGCGGGACUUGUUGAGAAGUAAAUUUCACUAGUCAGUCAGGCUAGUCGCCAUCUUGUUUUUCCUACCACUCAAAAAGUAAUCCAAAAAGAGGCCAGGGGGAAAACAUAGUCUGGUACCUUUCUAGUAGGAUGGGAAUCAAAAUUGCUUUUCUGUACAAGGAGCAAGACUUAAUGGCGGCAACAUGAUGAUGGACUAAUAAUUUCCAUUCACUUUAAUAGUCACUCUAUGCUUGAAUUAAUCUUUAAUAGGAGAUGAAUUGAAGCAUCAAACAUUAACUUAUAAUUUUGUGUAGUUUUAUUUUAUUUAAUUAAUGGGAGGAACAUUACCUUAACUCAUAAUGGAAACCGCAUGGUUCGAUAGACUGUGCAAACCUCAAGCGUAUUCAAAUAUUUUUGGGACCACUUUGGUCUCCUGUACAUGGCUUUAAAACGCAAAGGAAACGCUUUAUCAGUUCCAAUGUUUGGUUAUGCUUAAGACUAGCACAGUCUAUAGAAAACACCUUUCAAAUUGUGGGAACUGUUGCUUCUUUCCUUUAAGGGUAGACUUGAUGAAAAGUCGCUAGUCGUUGUCUAUUUGUCUGCCAUUACAUGCACAUGCGUCUCCAAAACACAUUUCCUGUCGUUCAUUCAACAGUCACAGUGCGAUUUUAAUGGUCGUAGGUAGCGCGUGACGUUGUCCUCACACACAUGUUAGGAUCGAGGAUGUGACUACAGAGGGAACAAUACACAGAGCAGUGGGUGCCAAAUAAGACCGCACAAUUACCAACUUGAUUUCAAGACUACUUUAAGGGGGGACUCCCUGUUAUCAUUGAUCAUAACAUGCCUGUGGCUACACAUGAAAUCAGGAACUCUCACCCAGUAACUGCACUCAAGCGCAUAUCAUUAAUAACGCUUCACAAAUUCAAAAUUUUGGGGAUAAAAAGCGAUAUAUUUUUCCAUAACCACAUUCAUUCGAAGUGGAAUGAUUCUCAAAAUGCUUUAUACUAAAUCAAAAACUGCCGUACUUCUAACCAAAUAGGGUAACUUAUAUUGCCAUUAAUUUUGAGAGUAAUUAACAAACGUAUAUUUGACCUUAUUAAUGGCCUGAUGUUUGACGACCCCAGCAGACUCCGCUUGGGUCGAAACAUCUGGGCCCAAUUUCAUGGCUCUGCUUACCGCAAGGACAGAAUCCGCGCUUACGGAAGCAGGGAAUUCUGU